AUGGCUGCUGUGCGGCCCAUACCAGCAGCCGUUAUCAAGUCUACGGCCCCGGUCCUCAAGGAGCAUGGCGUCACCAUCACCACCCUCUUCUACAACAACAUGCUCAAGGCUCACCCUGAGCUCAAUAACAUUUUCAACAAGACAAGCCAAGAUACCGGAGACCAGCCCCGAGCACUCGCCUCUGCUGUCUUCGCCUAUGCCAGCUAUGUCGACGACCUGGGCAAGCUCUCGCCCACCGUCGAGCGCAUCGCCCACAAACAUGUUAGUCUCACAGUCGAGCCGGAUCACUACCCCAUCGUGGGUAAGCACCUCCUGGCGGCCGUCGCCACGGUUCUGGGAGAUGCCAUGACUCCAGAGAUCGGGGACGCUUGGACGGCUGCGUAUGCUGCACUCGCAGAUGUGUUCAUCAACCGUGAAAAAGUCCUCUACGCCGGGUUUGAGAACUGGCAGGGUUGGAGAAAAUUUAAGAUUCAGAAGAAGGUUCCCGAGUCUUCUGAGAUCACAAGCUUCUACCUGGUGCCCGAGGAUGGGCAGCCCCUCCCUCUAUUCAAGCCAGGCCAGUACGUCAGUUUGCAUCUAUUCGUCCCCGAGUUGGACUCGAUGCAGCCCCGGCAGUACUCGCUCAGUGAGUCACCGAGGAGUGAUUACUACCGCAUUAGCGUGAAGAAGGAUUCGGGAAAGCAGACAGGCUUGCCGGGCUUGAUCUCGAAUAUGCUGCACGAGGAGUAUGAUGAAGGAGACGUAAUUGAGCUCACCCACCCUACUGGAGACUUCUUCGUCGACACAGAGGCGGCCGCUACCACGGCGCCGGUCAUCCUCAUCUCAGCUGGUGUUGGUGCAACACCAAUGAUGUCGAUUCUGGACAGCACCCUGGAAGCCAAGUCCACCAGACCGGUUUCGUGGGUCCAUGGCACGCACAGCACCGAGGUGCAGGCUUUCGGCGAACAGAUACAUAGCACGUGCGAGAAGAACCCGAGUGUCACCUCUACCAUCUUCAAGACCAGUGUGCGGGAGACGGAUAUUUCAGGGGUGGACUUCAACUUUACUGGACGUGUGGACUUGGCAAAGAUGGACCGAAAGACGGGCCUGUAUCUCGACGACCAGACUGCCGAGUAUUACAUUUGUGGGCCUGAGGAGUUCAUGAAGAAUGUGAGAGAAUGGCUGCAUAAGGCCGGGGUGAAUGACAGCCGAAUACACAUGGAGAUAUUCGGCACGGGCGGUGAUUAUUGA